GGGCAUAUGGAGGUUGUGCACCCUGAGAAUUGCACACGAGACCGUUUCAGUUUCGCCAUGGGGAAUUCCUCCCAACGCCACGAUCCUCCCGUUCUUGGGACCACCGUGGCACGGCUGGUGAAUGGUUGGGAUGCAGAUAAGCAGCUUAAGGCCGAAGGCUGGACGCGCUUCGUGUGCUUCAGCGACACUCACGGCCGACACGCGAGGAUCAGCCCGGAGCACAUCCCAGAAGCCGACGUGCUGCUACAUGCCGGCGACUUUUCGGAUCGGGGAGAGCUCGAGCAGGUGCGAAGCUUCGCGCAGUGGCUGAAGGACUACCCGGCCAAGGAGAAGGUGGUGAUCGCCGGCAACCACGACCUCAGCUUCCACGAGGCCUAUUGCCUCGCCAAGAUGAAGAAGACCUCCAUGUGCGCGGAGGCGAAGGCGGCUCUGGCCGGUAGCUGCAUAUAUCUGGAAGAUGAGCUAGUGGAGGUCCUGGGGUACAAGAUCUACGGCUCCCCGUGGCAGCCGGAGUUCUGCGACUGGGCCUUCAACCUGCCGCGGGGCGAAGCCCUCGCCAAGGUCUGGGCUAAAAUCCCGGACACCGUGGACAUCCUGAUGACGCAUGGUCCUGCUCAAGGAAUCCUAGACCACUGCAACAGCGGGCUUCACGCCGGAUGUGAAGAUUUGCUCACUGCCAUCAAGCAGCGGGAGAUUCCGGUGCAUGUGAGCGGCCACAUCCAUGAGGGCUAUGGAUGCACUGAAGUUGGGAAGACCCUUUUCAUCAAUGCCUCGACUUGCACCUUCUCUUACAGGCCUACGAAUGCGCCCAUUGUUUUCGACUUACCCCCGCCUGAGCUCUUGCGGGGCCAAUCACUGGCUGAGCCCGAAACAAGGGGUUUGGUAGAAGGAUACAUCGAAAAGCCACAUGCUUAAGAGAUUCCAGUGA